AUGGAGCCCGCAAACCUGUUACCGCUGCUUGAGCAGCUAGAUGAUCAUGUAGAUGAUCUGGAAGAAAUUCUGCAACCGCUUCUGGCCAGUUCCCUGGCUAAAAGUUCAAACAAACUACCCGUCAUGGACAAGGCAAAACUUCACGUGCUGGUCACUUACACACUUGAGUCCUUAAUAUUCUCUUAUCUAAGGCUCCAUGGAGUUGACGCCAAGCAACACCCUGUGUUCCGCGAACUCACUCGCGUCAGGCAAUACUUCGCAAAGAUUAAGGACAUUGAGACCCCACCUGAACAGCGCUCUAUGACACUCGACAAGGAAGCUGCUGGCAGGUUCAUUAAGCACGGCCUGUCUGGAAAUGACAAGUUUGACUUGGAACGGGCAGAGAAGCAAGCAAAGGAGAGAGCCCAGGCCGAAUUUAAGGCUGCUCAGCUUGCCCGGAAGAGCGCCGCCGCCGCCGCGCAAUCCAAUGGUCAAGCCGAUAAUGAUGAGACCAAGGACAAGUCCGAUGACGCAGCAUCAAAUCUCCAGCAGAAGGCUCACAAGGGAAAGAAGAACAGCAAGGGCAAGUCGGAACGGAAGGGUAGCAAAACAGACCGAUCUGAAGAGAAAAAGGAACGCAGACAGAAGAAGGAGGAGGCCCGGAAAGCUCGAAAGGCUUAA